CCGACAAACGAACUAAGGCUUCUUUUAUCAGUCAACCACGACCGCGUGAGGCCCACAGUUGAGUUUGUGCGACGGUGGUGCGUUUACCGUGCGAGACACAUCGUGACUUCUUCUUCUUCUUCUUCUUCUUCUCCUUCUUCCACUUCUUGCUCCUCCUCCACCUCCGUUCUUUUUUUCAUUCUUUUCCCGCGAUAUCGGUGAACCUUUGCGUGUACGAUCCUCGGCCAACAGUGGACCAUUAAUCAUUGAUCUCAGUGUCCUAUCGCGAGUCAACGAAAGCGGCAUUUCAUUUCGAUCCACGUAGCAAGGGAUCGAGAAGAAUCCUAUAAGAGAUCUCACGCGACUUCAGCAACAAGAUCGAACAACCACGAGCCAGAAGUGGCAGGGUUAAUCGAAUAUCAAGGAACAAUAAACGCUUUACUAGGAAACGUCGACACGCUGGCGCAAAUUCUUCAAUACAUCGUUACUACAUCGAGGCUGACGGAAAUAGGCAGGUCCGACGUGAAACUGUCACAGGUCGAUCCCGGACUCUGCCAAUUUCGAAGGGGAUACCACAAGAUCGUCCGUCAACAUCGUACUCGGUAUGGUCGUUUUUCCGGACUCGUCGAUUGAGCCGGCACUGUUGAACGUCACUGAUAUAAAGUUAAACAACUCCGUGGAUCACAAUGAGCAAUUAGCAAACAUGCCGAACGACAGGGGUGUUAAGGAUCACGCGUUCACCAUACAGCGGGACAAUAUGUCGAACGGGAAGGAUAACUACGCGCUAGAUUUCGAUUGCAUCGAGAAGGGUAACGAUAAGAAGGCCGACAUCAAAGCGGAACCUGAUGUCGUAAAGAAAGUGGCAGCGGGUCUGAAAAGCCCUAACGGCCAAAAGAACAAAACGGACAUGUCACUGCCCUAUCUCGGUGCUGGAUCACUUUCCAGUGGAAGUUCCAUAGUGACGAUCUCUUCCGUCGCAAAUUCAGAUCCUGAUCCUUCCUUUGGUAAUAACGGGGAUGGCUUUGGCAACAGAGCGUACAGAGACGAGAGAUGGUAUCAGACCACGCUUCAAGUCGCCGUGCCUUUCUUCAUCGCUGGAAUCGGUACGAUCGGGGCGGGACUGGUGCUAGCAGAGGUCAAGGACUGGCCAGUGUUUCGCGCGGUUUCUCAAUUAUUCAUUCUGGUGCCCUCGCUGUUAGGGCUGAAAGGCAAUCUCGACAUGUGCCUGGCCUCGCGCUUGUGCACGCAAGCGAACCUUGGCAACAUGCACGGCUGUCGCGAGAUCACGAAGAUGAUCAUCGGGAACAUAGCGCUGGUGCAGAUACAGGCGAUCGUCGCGGCUCUUCUGGUGUCGAUUUUCGCCGUGGUUGUGGACGCAAUCGCGGAAGGCAGCGCGUACACCUUCAAAUGGGAAAAUUGUCUGUUAUUAGCCACUGCCGGCGUUUGCACCGCCACGAGUUCUUGCUUCAUUCUAGAUUUCGUAAUGAUCGCCGUUAUUAUGAUCUCGUACCGGUGCAAGAUGAAUCCGGACAAUUUGGCGACACCUUUGGCCGCCUCUUUCGGAGACGUCGUGUCAAUUAGCGUGCUAUCAACGAUCGCGUCCGCGCUAUUCCACAGAAUGAGACUGGAAACGUGGCUGUUGUACAUCAUACUUGGUUGUUACUUCUUAAUUUUACCGUUCUGGAUCUACGUGGUUCUCAAGAAUAAAUACACCAGGAACGUGUUAACUUCCGGAUGGGUUCCAGUUUUGUCCGCUCUCUUCAUCAGCGGAUUCGGAGGUUUGGUGCUUGAUCGAGUGGUCGACUCGUUCCACGGUUUCGUGAUCUUCCAGCCUAUCAUAAACGGAAUCGGUGGUAAUUUAGUAUCGGUCCAAGCAUCUCGAAUCUCAACGACGUUGCAUCAGACGACGAUUAUGGGGAUUUUACCGCCGCAUUCGAAAAUACUCGUCGCUCCGUGGACGGCGUUGUUUAAAGGCACGCCGUACGCGAAAACCUCCAGAAUACUCAUUUGCAUGGCGAUCGUAGGCGAGUUGAUCUUCAUUUUCCUCGCCGAUUACAUCAAGCACGGAGUAUCGACUGUACAGGUAUACUUCGUAGUCUCUUACAUCGUGGUAGCGGUUCUUCAAGUAUUACUGCUGCUCUACGUGGCUCAUAUCAUUAUACACGCUAUGUGGCGGUACAAAAUCGACCCGGAUAAUUCGGCGAUACCGUAUUUAACGGCGCUCGGCGACCUUUCCGGCACGAUAUUCCUAGCCGCGGCUUUCUGGUUCCUCGCGAGUAUACACAAAGAGUACCAAAAGUAACGAUAAAUCACGCAAUAGACAAAUUGCGCAUCGAUGUUUAUCCCUGGAAAGUGUCGCGCAUGAUUUUAAGCGACGUUAAAUCGAUGUAACGGCUGUUAGAAAGAGAGAGAGAGAGAAAGGAAGGAAGGAAGAGGCGAAAGAAGAUGGAGAUUAAUUAAGAAGAGAUCCGAUUGAUCUGAAACUGGCAAGAGAGAGAGAGAGAGAGAGAGAGAGAGCGGGAUUGCUUUUUUCCUUCGUUAAGGGAACAUCUUAAUGGUACGUUAGCUGCGUUAAUUAGUUGUCACAUAGAUCGAACAUGGUAGAUUGAGAAAAUGUGUCACCGUUCUUGAAUUAGGAAUACUGAUAGAUAGAACAAAAUACAAUGACAUUGAUUCUAACGUAACUAGAUCGAGCAAUGCGCUCUGUCAUGAUGUAAUUUAUUAUGAUCUAAUGAUCGUGCAGUCGUAAUUACGCAAAACGCGGGUGAAAAAAAAACGCACUGUGAGAAUGAACGUGAUGGCUGACGAUUGAUUAGAGCCGCGAGAUGUGUUAUCACGUUUUUUUAUUAAAUCUUUUUUUCUCUUAAUUAUACCCAAUCGUAUGUAGCAGCAGCAAGCUUUCAGAGUAUUUUAAUGUAGAGCAAAUAUGUUUUUUGCGCGUUCUACACUUCCAAUGGAAUCUUAAGAAACGUAAGCAGAAGACCUAGUCAGUAUUUUAACACUGAUUAAUAAUUGUAUUAUAGAACGAUUAU